UAACUUGCUAAGGUACUCUAGUUUAAAACAACAAAACAUGUAUUGAUUUAUUUAAGAGUCUUCAUGGAUUAUUUAUUAUAAAAUAGUUGACGUUUUUAUGUGGAGAGGUUGGGUUGACACUUAUUUUGUUGGCAAAAAGUUUUAUCCCAUAAAUCAUGGAACCAGAAAACGUGGAGUCUUUUGAGGUGCCCGACACACCUAAACCCGGCACCAAGGAAGCUAAAGAUGCUAACCCCACCCCAGCAAAGCCCGCUCCGGCGAAAUACAUGAGACGGGCGGACUGGGGCGCCAAGCCUCCGAAAUGGAUCGAAUCCCUCGAAACUCCCGUGAAGAAGGUCGUGCUGACGUGGACUGAGACCGAGCCCUGUACCACUGAGGAAGAGUGUAUACAGAGAGUAAAAGAAAUACAAGCGGAACAUAUGAAGGACGACAAGUGUCCUGACAUCAGACACAAUUUCCUAGUUGGAGGGGAUGGAGCAUUGUACGAAGGACGAGGAUACACUAGAUUGGGUCCUUCUUAUCCAAAAUCUGACAAAACACAUGAGGAGUUAUAUGGGAAAAGUAUAGAAAUCGCCUUCAUCCAAAAACAUGGGAAUAAUAUCGAUCGAGCCUUGUCGUUUGGAGCCUCGCACAUAUUCAUGUGGGGAACCAAGGAAGAAUAUCUAGACCCGGAUUGCAUGAUUCAUUGGGUUGUGAAUGAAGAGAUUGUACACAAAUACCCAGCAAAAAAUGUCUACCAAGUGAUGCAGUUGAAAGCUGAGGAGAGGGAAAAAGAAAGAGUUCGUAGACAGGGAACUUCACAUGCUUUUUGAUUCACAAAUCCAAAUUACUCUCACAUGUCAUAACAAACUUUUAUUAAAAUGUUACUCCAAACUUUAAAACAGUAAAUGGAGGGAAAUACGGAAAUACAGAUAGAGAAGAGGUAUAAUAAUUUUUUCAACAAACACAAAAACUAUACACAUAGACUGUAAAACGUUGUUGUUAAUCGUCUAUGAUGUAUUUCAAUCUCUGUGUUGUUUUGAAACCAUAACGAAUAGGCUUUUUCUAAACACAGCAGUAAAAUUGGUAAGAUGGAAAUUAAGUCAUCCUUUUAUGAGACACACCGUUUGUUUCCUUUUGAA